GCUUUAUACAUUCAUCUGUAAACACCUUUGCCCUCGACACGGCUCGUCAGCAAGAUAUUCUCCCAACAAAUGCGACAGAAAAGGUGUCACUGCCAGGCUUUCAAGUGCAAAGGAGCCCUCAUAGAAGAGCACACAGCGCGUGCUCACGCACGGCGUGAUCUGCGAGAAAAAACGGUCGCAUCACAGGCUGAAUUCAGGCGGGUUGGAGAACGGUUUGUGCCAAGUGCUGCACAGGACACUAGGCCAGUUCUUCGUGGGUAUUCAGUUCCUUUGCACGAGCCACAGCCCCUCUUGUCUCCCAAUGCUCAAUUUCAGGACCCACGUUGUAUUUCGGAAUCCCCUGUUGAACAGGAAAUGCUAGACUAUGGUCUUCUCACUGGAGAAGACUUGGACCUCAUGACUCAUGGAAUCGCUCUGCCAAAUCUCGGACCGAAUUUCCAUAGUCCUGAAGCAUUACUCGACGCUGUUGACCAUUUCGGCGCAUAUAAUGCCGCUACCAGUUCGGGCUCACGUCCACUCACCUCAUAUGAAGCCCAUCACCUCCCACCUGACCCAGAACAGCACGCAUUAAAUCGGCAAAUCGAAGAUGCUUUUGAGGCGGUCCAAAAUGAGGGUGGUAAUGAGCAUGGUUUUGAUGAUUUAGACAUUGAUGUUGAUGGAACAUUCGAUGAUCAAAAUGAGGACGACGACAACCUCGUAAUAACACCCAUGAAUCCAGACGAGGAUGACCCCGAUCCAUUUAUGCCGGAGGACGGUUUCAACAUGACCAAUCCAGUUUGGGUGCCAGGUCUUCAACGUUUGGUCAUCUUCCCCAGUCUCGAUGACUCAAUGCCACAAAGAUCAGCGAACAUUGGCUGUAUCAAACGCUUCAUGACAGGGUGUUCAUUUGAAACAUGCUUACUGGCUGCCUUCUUCUCUGCCGGCUUCUCAGUUAGGCUCUUGAGGGCGAUAUCAUGUUCGUCAACAUGCAAGGCAGAUUCGUUGACUCGUGUUUGACAAGCGUUCAUUUGACUCUGUCAAUCUUGCGACUUCAGAGA